UUGAUCUAUGCUUCGGAGUCAUUUCGUAUACACAGGUACAUUUAGGUAAUCUCGUUUGAGAAGACCAUUCAUGGUGUAUUUUCACUGCGGUGUAAGUAAAGUACACAAUAAACUUUCAUGGUAAAGAUUUAAGAGAUGGGUUUCAUCCAUCUAAUGCUUGCCUUGACAAUUUGGUUUUUGAUAUCGUCUGUCCACGGUGAACACUUUCGGGAACAGUUUACGCACCUGACCGACAAGGAAGACACCAUAUUUAUUAACUCAUCAGGCAGGGUUAGGACUAUCAUAGACCUGGACGACCGCAAAAUUGUUAAGAGGGUAAAAUGUUCCAAACAUAGAAUUGCGGUGGCCUUGGCUGAUUCUGAAAAUGUCAGCGUAUCCUGGCUGGCUGGUGACCUUGUUAUAGGAAGUUCGACACCAUCGUGUACGCCCGGAAGUGUCCUUCCAAAUUCUGACGUCAUUGGCCUCUUCGCUAAAGUAGAGAGCAUAGAACGAUUCCAACAACACGUGCAGCUUCAUGUUACGAGAGCCGAGGCGAUUGAGCUGAUUGAGGAGGCCGAUAUACAGAUAUCUGUAAACACUGUGAAAUCUCGUGAAAAGCGACAUAUGUCAAACGUCUUGAAGACUGUACUCAGCGACAUUGACUGGAACAGUACGCUGACUACAGAGAUUCCAUUCAAUAAACACAACCACAGGAUACAUCUUAGCAAGUCGUCCAAUAAUUCUCAGCCGAUUCUCAAAGUAUAUGGAGAUAGUAGCGAGGACCUUAGUAACACAGACGCGAGUGAUUUCAUGUUCAAAUGCGUGAAAUGUGGAGGCACAACGAACCUUAAGUAUAAAUUGCGAGUCAGAAUCGACAAAGUCGAUAACAAACCAGUGAUCAAGGUGUUCAAAACGGAGGUUGAAGGAGAAUUUAGCGGCCAGUACAACCUGCAUGCGUCAGGUGAAACCAAUAUGACUUUAAGCUUUGACGAUAAACUCUGGGAGACACAACCUACCAUCUUCAUGAAGGUCCCCAUAGCUACAUUUCCUCGACUUCCUGAUGUCGAACUAAUCGUUAAGGUCCAUACCGGGGCUUUCCUCGCUGUGAACCUAACGACUUUAAAACCGUUCCGGAUCGAACAUAAUAUUACAACUAAAGGAACGUUUAUCAAUUCGGAUGAAAUCAAACAAGAUGACAAAUACACAGGAACUAUGUCCUUUCCGGAUUGGACCACAAUGGGAACAACAUCACUAUUGGAAACCAAAGAGAUGUUUAGCUUUCACGCGACAAUUACACACAAGAUUCACCUGAAACCGUUUAUCGGAUGGUCUCUUCGUGAUAUUACCAUGGACUUUGGUACCCCACAUGAAAUACAAUUGAAUCAACACUUAAAGACUGACGCAAGUGUAGCAGAUACGACGUACUGCACCACCAGUGUGGCUGAGAUGACCGGCUCAUGGACCCACACCGCAAACAGGCUUGAAGUGGACGCCUUCGACAUACAUAUUUGGGAUGUCCUAUUGGAAAACGUCCAGAUAGUUAAUACGCCAUUAUGUAAGGAAGAGAUAGCAAGAAAAUGUAAAGCAAACUGUGCAGAUCCUACUAUUGGCAAUCACAAUGGAUCGGCUGUGGAGAGUGUAUGUGGUGACCCGGGGACACCGAUAACCAGGCGCAGCAGUGACUUUGGCAGGCUAAAAGAACUUUUUGGAAAUCUGAUCAAUUUCCUGGACAAGGACUCUGACUCAGAAUGGUGUGGUCAGCCUGGAGAUUCAUGUACACGUUGUGAUGAUGAAGAGGGCUCGACAUGCGCAAACCGGCUUCUAACGGCACAAAUGGCAGCACCAGUCACUCGAUUGGCUAAGUUUGUCAGGUCGGAAUGGCCCGAUCGCAACCUAGUGCUACUAGAAGGCUGGAGUGAACCUACGUCUCAAUAUCCGAGCGGUAAAUAUGGUAAUAGCUCGUUGUAUUACGAAGGUCGUGCUGCAAAAGUAGGAGUGAGUGUACCAACAACUUCAUCUACUGGCAGUAACUCACUCGAUGAUCAACCGGAAAUCGUUUACCGCCUGCUGGAACUAUCUUCAUGUGCCGGGUUCACAUUCUACAAGAUAGCAUCAACAAAUGAUAAAAACACCAUUGUUACGUGCUUGAAGAAACCUGAGGCACGCAAAAGAAGGAAAAGGAGAGAGGCAUCUAGAGAGGAAUUGGAAGAUGCCGAAAAGCAACUGUUCCUGGACAAAUUGGGCAAUUUAGUUUUGAAAUCGGCGCACACACCCUCCUCUCACUUCAAUACCUCUACCACGUAUCCGAAGGAUACAUCUGUUGUCGAUAUACUCGGUCCUGUUGAUGAGUACUUCUCCGUGGAUAACAACGUACAGAUGAAAAGGAUGAUGCAGUAUCCUCUGGCUGACGUGAGUUUUCCCCCUGAAGGGCCAGUUGACGAAGUCUGUGGUACGGCCACUAGACGAUGCAAGGACUGCAAGACGUACGAUGAAAGCGAUGACCCCUGGGACUGGUGCCUGACCCGGACCAUGACCCCAAGGAUGGCUCUAAGACUUCGGAGGCUUUCUAUUCUCAGUAAAGAUCAAUUGGCCGUGAUUGUUCCACAGGAACAAGGCGAUGCCGACGUCGUGAAAUAUGGGAAUGUCGGCAGGGCGUUGCGACUAGAGACUGCAACAUCCGCCCUCGCGCUGCAAGAUCUUGCCAACCUAGCGAUCUCUGCGGGAUUUGACUAUAUCUGCCUUUCCGGGACAUCAACCGUAGAUGUGUUUGUACGGGAACAAACGGGGUACCUGGCCACCCUCGAGGUUUACUCCCGGCUCAGCAUGUUACAUGUCAAUCCACCUACAUCCGAGGUCCAGGAUUAUAAACCAAUCUACGUGAAAGCAGAAUCUGCCGAAACUAUCCCUGGUAUAGUUGAUGGUAUCAAUGACAAGUUACACGUGUCUGACAGUUACAUGAUUUUCGAUUUCAAGCCAUUUGAUAAACGUUACUUCCGAUUGGACGUGCGACUAUUGGAAUGUCUGGAAGAGGUCACUAGUGAUAUCGGCAGUAGACUGCGUGUUUUAGCGGGCUACAAAACUCGUUCAAUGAACGAUGAAAACAUCGAGGAAAAGCAUGAUGAGGAGAAAAUAUUUCACACUCGAGGUCAAGCUGUACAGAUAUCGGGGAAUAAGAUCGGUGACAAGACUGACCAUGACCUUGCAACUAUUGCCUUUUUGCUGAUCAAGAGAUGUGUUCCGGCACUCACGCUGAAGCAGAUGACUCUGAGUAUCGGCUGCCAUGCUACGUUUGUGUAUGUCGAUGUUAGAGAGAGAAAAGACGAUAUAUCUGUCAAUUUCUGGAACGCAGGGAAUGACCCCUUAUAUAACAGCGUAAAAACUUUGGUGGAGGUUCAUAAGAAAGGAGGAGUUCUAGUCCAAAGUAAAAGUACUAGCACCCAAUGUACUGACCAUCCAUUGGGAACUGGAGCAUUCUACAUCAAAUAUGGGGAUAGUGCUAAUGACUGUGAUUCGGGUGGUUAUUAUGCCAACUUUUGUGAUGUCACAAAAUCACACAGGAUGAACUUGGCCGCGAGCCUCGCAUCACACCUCUCGUCGGGUGCAAAUGGACUCUCUAAACCGGAACUAGUCAGAAAAACUAAUGACUGCUUGGUCAACAACUGUGGAGGAUGCAUCGGGAAAGGGGAUAUAUGGAACAGGAAGCUGCACGCCUGCUAUGGUUUGCUGAAGAUGAUUGUUGAUGCUACGGCCACUCCGUUCCCAAACAUGACAGAUACAUCGGCAUUCUUCAAUACAGAGAACCACGACUCGAAGAUUUACUCCCUUGCAUGCAAUGACGAUAGCGUUUGUGUUGAAAAUCUCCCGCUCUUCUCAAACUUCAAAACAAAGUUGGAAGAGAAAUACCGGCCGUUUGACGAUAAAAACAUCGAAGAGAUGUUGUUUGGUCCAUGCGAUAACCCGUCACCCGUACUCGAUCUGCUGGAACAGGAAAUGGCGUACCGGGUCAGAGGUCAUGUCCGGGUUUAUAUAGAAACUAAUGACGACCUGUCCGCUCUGGAUCAAAUUUUAAAGAUUUUGAUGGUGUACAACCAGAAUGUUACAGAUCUCACUGUUGAGAUUACAGACGAGGAUUUGCGAGAAUUCACCAGCAGUAGAAUCCAAAAGAAAAUUGACAAAUGGAGUAGUUCUGUGUGUCCCUCUCUCAGUCGACAAGUUAUCGCCCCUUACAUUAUAUCACGAAUACCGGAAGUUCGAACACGUCGCAGUAUAGAGCUCAGUAAGCAUCGGAACAGGAGGAAGGCGCAAAUGCGGAACUGGGAACUGGAAUGGGCAUCGAAAAUCAGUCUAUAAUGAAUACAGUUAUUCUGGACAAAGAACUACACAAUUAUAACUACCAGUGUUGUUUCAUGCUCUGCGUACUUUUUCAAAGUUUCUUAAUCUGUUUAAUCACGUCGACGGCAAUGACGAAAUGAAAUAUUAUAACAGGGAUUCAUUUAAGAAAUGUACACGAUGCUUAAUAAAUUACU